AUGUCUCAAAGCCAGAACCAAAGUCCCCUGUGGCUCACCUCCCACAUCUGGACAGAAAGACCAGUGUCAGAGGAGAAGACCAUGGACGCGGAACACCAGGCUUUAGCAGAGACCUUCCAGCAGGCUUUUGAUACUGCUGAGUACCUGCGCUACAACUACACUUAUCCACGAGCCGACUUCACAAAGGAGGACAGCUUCUGUGUAUGGACGCUGAAAACCCUGCACAAGGCUUUUACAGAAGGUGACAUCAAAGGAGGGGUGCUGCUGGACGUUGGUUCAGGUCCAACUAUUUACCAGGUGAUGGCAGCAUGCGAGAUCUUCGACAAGGUGAUCAUGAGUGACUUCCUGGAGGCCAACCGAAACGAGCUGAGGAACUGGUUGGAGAACAAUGGGAAGUGCAGCCUGGACUGGUCUCCAUUCUUCAAGUACGCCUGCAAGCUGGAGGGACGAGAGGCCUCUGCUUGGGAAGAAAAAGCUGCACGGCUCAGGAAAGUGGUCAAAGACGUGGUCCAUGUGGACGUCCACCUCCCUCAGCCAGUGAGCACUGACGUGGUCCCACCUGAAGGAGCCGACUGCAUUCUCUCCUGCUUCUGUCUGGACUGUGCCUGCCUCAACAUGUCCAUCUACUCACGAGACCUGGGCCAUGUCGUGUCUCUGCUGAAGCCCAGCGGUCACUUUUUGAUCAUCGGGUCUGUCGGGAUGACCUAUUGGUGUGGAGGUCCCAAAGCUAAGCUGCCAACGUACCCGAUCACCGAGGCUGAGAUCUGUGAGCGGCUCAGUGAAAAUGGCCUCAGUCUGAUCAGACUGGAAAUUUACCCUCUCACCAAAAAAGCAGAGAUAACCGAUGAUGCCAGAGCUAUUUUUUUCGCCAAAGCUAAAAAGAACUGAAGAAAAUGUGAGCGCUGGAAGCAUCGAUCCAGGAUAGAGGAUUGAAUAAAAUACAUGCGGGUUUCUAACAUUUACUCUAGUUAGUUGGGACAUGCAGAAGGUGCAGAAGGAAAAAAAAAAUAGUGCAGCUUCCUGAAGUGGCCACAGCUGUAUACGGACUCAGUAACUUUCAGGAUACUACUAGCACUGAGCACUGCCUCUUCAGUAAGUCCUAAUCAUGAACAACAUUUCCAGUUACCCCUUCAAAAUAAAACAGAACUUGUGAGAGGAAGGUGCAUCAAAUAAAAUGUCUUGCUCUGGA